GCAACGAGGACAUUUUCUUUCCUUAUCAUUCUGUAGGCAGCCGUCGACAUGUUAUCUACUAGAACAUCUGAGGAGGAGGAGAUAUCUUGCCCCCAAUGUACCAACAUUUAUUCAUUUCCAGUACUUUUGGAAUGUGGACACAACAUUUGCAAACUCUGCCUGCAAAAUUUUUGGGAAUGGAAAAAAAGUAAAGAAUGCCCCGUGUGCGGCUGUGAGUCUUUCUGUGGGACGCCUCCCAUCAACCAAGAUCUGACGAUAGCUGUGGAACAGUUUCAAAAAAGAAAGGCUAUGGCUCAGGAGAUAUGUCAGAUUCAUAACGAGAAGCUGAAGAUCUUCUGCAACAGCGAUGAGGUGCCCAUUUGUCUGGUCUGCCAGCUAUCUAAGGACCAUAGGAUGCAUAAAUGCAGUCCGGUGGAGGAAGCAGCUCAACAGAAAAAGGCGGAAAUGACUGCCAUCCUUGAGUCAUUAAGAAAAAAAGUGAGAACAAUGAGUAAAACAAAGCACCAAUGGGAGGAAACUAAAGCCUACUUAGAGACUCAAGGUGAGCAAAUCGAGUUGGCAGUGAAGGAGGAAUUUCUGCAGCUUCACCAGUUCCUCAAGGAGGAAGAGGAGAGGAGACUGAGGGAUCUAAGAGAGGAAAAGGGGAAAAAAAUCCAGGUCAUGUAUUCCAAGAUUGAAGAUAUCGAAGAGGAUAUAAAGACUCUCAACUCAACUAUCAGCAAACUAGACAUAGUGCUCAGAGCAAAGGAUUUACCGUUUUUAAAGGAAUACAAGGAAACAAAGCAAAGAGUCAGACGCAACAUCCAGGAGCCCGAGAGCAUCAGAGGCAUUUUGAUAGAUUCAGCCAAGCAUCUGGGAAUACUCAAGUUCGCAGUUUGCAAGAAGAUGUUGUCAACUGUUAAAUACUCUUCGGUUAUUCUGGACCCAAACACGGCCCAUUACAACCUGAAGUUGUCUGAAGAGCUGACCCGGCUGCAGUACAGCAAUAAGCAGAAUCUACCCGAUAACCCUGAACGUUGCACCAGCCGCAUGUGUGUGCUGGGAGCCAGCGGGUUUACAUCUGGGAAGCACAGCUGGACCAUAGAGGUGGGCCAAAGCAAAGAUUGGUACAUCGGGGUGGCCCGGGAGUCCAUUAAAAGGAAAAGCACCACCUUCAUGAGCCCAGAGGAGGGUUACUGGGUGAUUGGCCAGUGCAGCAAAGACUCCAUCUGGGUUCAGACCUCUCCUCGCAGCAGGGUCUCGGUGAAGCAGGUGCCUAAGAAGAUUACCGUCCAGGUGGACUAUGAGAAAGGAAAGGUAGCCUUCGUCAACGCUGCUGACUCAGCUGUGAUGCACAAGUUCAAAGAGAAAUUCUCAGAGAAAAUCUAUCCCUACUUCUCCGUUGGAUUAUGUGAGGAGUGGAAAAACUCCAUCCCACUCACCAUAUGCCCUGUGUCAAUGAAAGUGGUUCCAGAGAACGCUUAGGAGGAACGCACACAUCCCUAUAGAAAAGUGGGACUGGUGUUAGAGAUUUAAGAUGACAAAUACAAAAGUUUAUCUAACUAUUUUGACAAAAUUAAAACCAAAUAGCACGUUGUUUGAUGAUGAAUGCAUGAGCUGUUUUAUUCAGUCAGAAGAAAGUCUGCACAUUAAAUAAACUAUAAAGCUGUUUUGAUCAGA